UCCUGCGUGGCCGGAGCCGUGUGACGCGUUGUCUGCGUGCCGCUUGCGCAAAGAUGUGCUCCUCAACUCUUGGCCGCCCCUCCCACUCCUGCCUACCACAGGAGGACACUUGAAAACCAGUAGCGUAUAUCAACAGCAAGUCCUCUAAAAAGACUUUUUUAAUAUAUUUUUUUUAUUCGUACAUUUUUCGCCGAGAACAUGUAACCCGCCCGACCCUCCGAACGCGGCCGUCGACUUUUGUGCUACACGGUAAACUCUUUGACUCCAGGGGCCCAAAGGCAGGCCUUGUGGGGAAGAUGGACGUGUGAGGAACUGAAAAGAACGAGUCGCUCGCACAGCUCGGGAGCAGGAGCGGACGGGAUGGCAGCCCAGCCUGAGGAAAGCGGUGCCGUGCUCGCAGAGGCGGACUGGAAAGGACCGCCGGCCCCGGAGGCCGGCAAGAGCGAGUCCGCGCCGGCGGGGGGCCACGUGACUUGUAAUGCUCAUCAGGUACCGACCGGGGCCCCCGCGCAGGCCCCUGCCCCCGCCACCACUGAGGAUGAGGAGGAAAGUGAAGACGAGUCCGACAUCCUCGAGGAGAGUCCCUGCGGCCGCUGGCAGAAGCGCAGAGAGGAGGUGAAUCAGCGAAACGUUCCCGGGAUAGACACAGCGUACUUGGCCAUGGAUACCGAGGAAGGGGUGGAGGUGGUGUGGAAUGAAGUCAUGUUCUCAGAAAGGAAGAACUUCAAGCUGCUGGAGGAGAAGGUGGAGGCUGUUUUUGAUAACCUGAUCCAUUUAGAGCACGCCAAUAUUGUCAAGUUCCACAAGUACUGGAUUGACGCCAAGGAAAACCGGGCCCGGGUGAUUUUCAUUACUGAGUACAUGUCAUCAGGAAGUUUAAAGCAGUUUCUGAAGAAGACCAAAAAGAAUCACAAGGCCAUGAAUGAAAAGGCUUGGAAGAGAUGGUGCACGCACAUCCUGUCAGCUCUCAGUUAUCUCCACUCAUGUGAUCCCCCCAUCAUCCACGGCAAUCUGACCUGUGACACCAUCUUCAUUCAGCACAAUGGUCUAAUCAAGAUCGGCUCAGUUGCUCCGGACAUCAUCAACAGCCAUGUGAAGACGUACCACGAAGAACAGAAGAACUUGCAUUUCUUUGCCCCGGAAUAUGGAACUGUCACUGACAUGAGCACAGCUGUAGACAUCUACUCGUUUGGCAUGUGUGCCCUCGAGAUGGCGCUUUUGGAGAUCCAUGGAAAUGGCGAGUCUUCAUUUGUGUCUGAGGACGCCGUCAAUAUUGCUAUAGAGCUGCUGGAGGACCCACUACAGAGGGGCCUAAUUCAGAAGUGCCUGGAUUGCGACCCAUGCACGCGACCCACCGCCCGAGAGCUGCUCUUUAACAAGGCUCUGUUUGAAGUGCCACUACUGAAGCUGCUGGCUGCUCACUGUAUUGUCAGCCAUCAAUACAUGAUCCCAGAGAACGCCCUGGAGGAGAUAACCAAAAACUUGGACCCUGAUCUCGUUAUCGCUGACAAGAAAGAUGUUGUUCAGCUCAAACUCUCACAAUUUCCCGCCUUGGAGCUUGAUAAGUUCUUGGAGGAUGUGCGAAACGGGAUUUAUCCCCUAACGGCGUUCGGCCUUGCUUCGCCGAAGCAGCCCCAGGAGGAGAGCGGUAAAGCUCCCGUUGUCGUUCCUUUGGUGAAGCCCCCCACACCCGAGCCUGCAGAGCUGGAGACACGCCGGGUGUGUGUGACGCAGCGCAUAUUUCUGGAUGUGAUGGUGGGAGUGGGCAUUAGAAGCAAAUGUGAUUCACCUUUCUGUCUCCUCCUUCAGGUCAUUCAUAUGCAGUGCAAUGUUGAGCUUAAUGAGGAGGGGCCCAAAUAUCAUCUGACAUUGCUGCUGAAGCUGGAGGACAAACUGAACAGACAUCUAAGCUGUGACAUGUUACCUCAUGAAAAUGUUGACGAUUUGGCUGGAGAGUUGGUACAACUGGGCUUCAUCUGUGAGAUGGACCAACGCAAAAUAGCUUCACUCCUUCAAGAAAGCUUCAGUCAAGCUAAUAACCAGCACCAGGUGCUUCAAAACAAGUCUGUUACAUUUACCCCUUAAAAGCACUCAAAAUGCUGGAUUUUCCUUUUUUGUUGUCGUUUUUUUUUUUUUUUUUUUAUAAAUAAGGAGUCUUAAGAUUGAAAUGUGACCAAAACAGCGUACGUUUCUGUUACAUCAGGGAAGAACUUCACAAAGUGCAUUUAGAAUGGAGAGCAGGUGGAAGUCGUGUUUUUUUUUUCCCAGAAUGCAAUCCCCACCCCAAGACCCAAACGAUACCAAAUAAGAUAGGCUGAGCCUGUCUGCGUCGUCACUUCACGUCAUUCCCCACCCAUCGACUGAUUGAUUGUCAUUGGCCUUUUUACACAACAGCGCAUUCCCAGCUGUUUGACCAUCCCGUCAGGUUCAAUGUAAAGUAUUCGUCUCCCGACUGUCGUACGGAACGCGACAAACGUUCAUGGCUGAAUUCCUUCUUUAAGCAAGCCUUUGGAACAAGAGCAUGUUUGUGUUGGCAAUCUUUGCCGAGUUUUUGUUGACUGUUACUGUGAGAGGCUGUGAACUCUGUGUUACUGGAUUUCUCGUGUUCUUUGUUUUUAUUUCACACUCCACUUUAAAAGCCUCUCAUCUCACUUUGCUUCUUUUGUCUCAGUCAAUGUUUUGCCAAUUUUUUUUUACCUGCAGUAUUUUAUUAUUGUCUGUACCUUUUACACAGAAAUCAGCAGCCAUAUACUGUUAAAAAAGUCUUUUCCUAACAUCCGUUUCACGAGUUUAACGCAUUUUAUUUAUAUCCCACAUAUUGUGUUUGUGUGUUCAUCUCACUUAGUAUGCUUUCACACCGGCACGAUAAGUAUCUGAGCCAUUUUGCAAACUUUGUUGGCUUUUGCAAUAUUGAGGUGUACAUGUCUUGCCUUUGAAAUGUUCCUGCCAUUGUGCCUUGCAGCUAGCACAUGGCAAGCGUCAAAAACAGAAAAUUGUGCAACAUUACUGACACAUAUAACAUUGUAACAAGCCAUCCUCACAACAAAUUCUAGUUUAUACCAAAACCAUUUUGCCAAUAAAAAUUAAUUAUAAUCUGUGCAGAUUCACCUGAACAGCACAGUUGAAACAGAACUGUGGUCUCCCUUAACUUUGUGACACAAUAUUCAAUAUAUUGUGUUCUUUGUCAAGUUAUUUUUGAGUUCGCUAUAAUGUACCAAGCAGCCUGGACAGAGAUAUAUGUAGGGGGUUGAACACGUGUCUAAUUUGCACAAGAGACUGAGCUGCCAUAGGCCAGUGGCUCUGGUGGCGUGGGCCCGGAUUUUUCCUUGUUACCUUCAAAAAUAAUUUUCCGGUGUACAUUCCAAUGUUCUUUUCUUUCCAGCAAUAUUGUAGUGAGCAUCCAGCACGCGGAUACACGUAGCACUUUUCAACAUUGCACAUCAAGUUACGAUCAUCACCACUUGCGCCCUUCUGUGGUGGCAUCGUCCAAAUUACGACGCCAAAAAAUAUGAUGCACUUUUUAGAGUCAGUCCUGUGGAUUCGUACUAAGCUGAAGUCUCAUCACAAAUCUAUAUCCCAGGUUUUCGUGCAAGGCAUUCGCAAGAAGAUUUUGGUUGAAAUCCAAACAUUCCGACCGGAACAUUUUAUUUUAGUGGUUCUAUUGUAGCCGCAAAAGCUCAAUUUGAUGAACCCGUCCAUUCCCGUAGAACGGUACACAAGUGCAUCAUGAGUACUUAGAUUCAUUUUAUUAUAAGUGAUAUUACUCGGUGUGUAUUGAUGGUGUUGAACUGUUUUCUUCGCCAAAGGUUGAAUUUGUUUUGUUUAUCACAAAAAUGUCACCGUGUUUGCAAUGAGUGGAUCUUGGCAGAAUGUGCAAAGUACGACUGCUCUUUUAAAUAAAUGGGUGAAAUCUU